GAGGGAGGGAGGGAUGCCGGAGCUGGGGAGUGGAUUCUCUCGGGGGGACGGGAUCCAUCCCUGAAAGCCGGGAGAGGGGGUUAGGCAUCAGCCCCCUCCCCGGCUGUUUUCUGCAUCCUUCUUGAAUCAGCACCAGCAGAAGCAGCGCCGCCUCCCGCGCCUGCUGCAGACAGGCAGAUCUGGAAGAUCAUAAAAUAGAAUCUUGUUAUUUCAGGGAAACCAAGUAUCUCCAGCUGUUGCAACAUGCAUCACACCAAAAGAAGAAUCUAGAGGUACUCUUCUGUUUUUCUAGAGGAGCCUCGGGGCAUCCCUCCCCACUUUACUUGGCAUGAUGAUGUGCGAAGUGAUGCCAACCAUUAAUGAGGACAACCGCCGUGGUUCGGCUUAUGGGGCCGAUGAUGCCAAUUUCGAGCAACUCAUGGUCAACAUGUUGAAUGAACGAGAACGGCUACUGGAGACUUUGCGUGACACCCAGGAAAGUUUGGCUACCUCCCAACUCCGCCUGCGUGAAUUGGGUCAUGAGAAGGAGUCACUUCAGCGUCAACUCAACAUUGCCCUCCCACAGGAAUUUGCAGCACUUACUAAGGAGUUGAAUUUAUGUAGGGAACAACUGUCAGAACGUGAAGAGGAGAUCUCAGAACUAAAGGCAGAACGGAACAACACUCGGCUGCUGCUAGAACAUCUGGAAUGCCUAGUAUCACGACAUGAGCGUUCCCUUCGCAUGACAGUAGUGAAGCGUCAGGCUCAGUCCCCAGCUGGAGUCUCCAGUGAGGUGGAGGUGCUGAAGGCUCUCAAGUCACUCUUUGAACAUCACAAAGCUCUGGAUGAGAAGGUUCGAGAACGGCUGCGAGUGGCAUUAGAGCGUGUUGCAGUAUUAGAGGAGGAGCUAGAAAUAUCUAAUCAAGAGUCUCUUUCCCUUCGAGAGCAGCUUGCCCGACGCCGAUCUGGCCUAGAUGAUUCCAGCAAAGAAGGAGAUGCUCAAUUAUGUGCCAAUGGAUCUGGGACUCUUGAUUUGGGGCGUGGAAGUCGGGAAUCUGAGCUGGAAGAGGUUUUGGAGCGCCAGAGAGGAGAACUAUCCCAGUUGAAAGAAAGACUUACCAUGCUCUGUCGGCAGAUGGCAGAGCUGGAGGAAGAGUUAGCCACAGCCCAACGAGAUCUUAUUAAAUCUGAAGAGAUUAAUGCCAAGCUACAAAGAGAUCUCAAGGAGGCAUUAGCUCAGCGAGAAGACAUGGAGGAACGAAUUACCACAUUAGAAAAACGCUACCUAAGUGCUCAGCGAGAGGCAACAUCCCUUCAUGAUGUCAAUGACAAACUGGAGAAUGAGUUGGCCAGUAAGGAAUCUCUCUAUAGACAAAGUGAAGAAAAAAACAGGCAGCUACAAGACUGGCUGGAAGAUGCCAAGCAGAAACUUCAGCAGACUCUUCAAAAGGCUGAGACUUUACCUGAGAUAGAGGCCCAGUUGGCUCAGAGGGUAGCUGCCCUUAACAAGGCAGAGGAGAGGCAUGGCAAUUUUGAAGAGCGUUUGCGUCAACUUGAAGCCCAAUUGGAAGAGAAGAAUCAGGAGCUCCAGAGGGCACGCCAAAGGGAGAAAAUGAAUGAUGAACAUAACAAGCGCCUCUCAGAAACAGUAGAUAAGCUGCUAUCUGAAUCCAAUGAACGUCUCCAGUUGCAUUUGAAAGAAAGAAUGGGGGCACUGGAGGAAAAGAAUACUCUAAGUGAGGAAAUUGCCAACAUGAAGAAAGUACAGGAUGAACUACUAGCAAACAAGGAGCAGCUAUUGGCUGAGAUUGAGAGAAUGCAAAUGGAGAUAGACCAAUUACGUGGACGCCCAGUUUCUACCUAUUCUCGGUCUCUGCCAGGUAGCGUGCUGGAAUUGCGUUACUUCCAAGCACCUAUGCUGCCGGUAGGGGCCCACGUGGACCGUUACAGCAGUGGUGGUGUGGCAAGACGUUCAAAGAAGGGUCACUGGACUGUCAAGGAUGAGGCUACCAAGGAGUGGGAGAGGGCUCAGCAAGCAGCUGGAGGUUCCUUUGAGGGUGGGCUUGAUGGUUCGGAUGAGGACGAACAUGAUCCUCUCUUCAGCUCAGCUGAUCUGCUGUCUCCCAGCGGACAGGCUGAUGUACAGACCUUGGCCAUCAUGCUACAAGAGCAGCUGGAAGCCAUUAACAAAGAGAUCAAACUGAUCCAAGAAGAGAAAGAAUCUACCGAACAGCGAGCAGAGGAGAUUGAGAGCCGAGUAACCAGUGCCAGUCUGGAUGGAUCCUUGGGGCGCUACCGUUCAGGCACUUCCAUUCCUCCCUCUGUCACCAGUUCAACUCUUGCCAGCCCUUCUCCCCCCAGCAGUGGGCAUUCUACACCUCGCUUGGCACCCCACAGUCCUGCUCGUGAUGGAGAAAAAAUGAACCAUGUUGCCAAGGAAGAGAUGCGAAGCUCUGAGGAGAAGGCCUUAGCGUUAUGUGAGCCCCCAACACCCGCAACCCCCCGUACAAUGCGUCUUGAGCGUAUGACUCAAGCAUUAGCUCUACAGGCUGGAGCACUGGAAGAUGGCAGGGACCUGAGAACCAGUCUGGGGACAGAUGGCACGAAUAGCAGUCAGGAUUCUCUACACAAGUCCACCAAGAAAAAAAGCAUCAAAUCUUCCAUCGGGCGUCUCUUCGGCAAGAAAGAGAAAGGGAGGCUGGGGCAGUUGGGCCGUGAGUCCCCCUCACUUGCUGGGACACCAUCUGAUGAGAUGUCACCUGCAGACCCCCUGGGCCUUUCCAAACUCUCUGGACCUGUGGACAAGGAUCGUAGGAACAAAAAGAAGCAUGAGCUGUUGGAAGAAGCUUGUCGACAAGGGUUGCCUUUUGCUGCCUGGGAUGGACCUACUGUUGUCUCAUGGCUGGAGCUGUGGGUGGGCAUGCCAGCCUGGUAUGUGGCUGCCUGCCGUGCCAACGUCAAAAGUGGUGCCAUUAUGGCCAACUUGUCUGAUACAGAAAUCCAGCGAGAAAUUGGCAUCAGUAAUCCUUUGCACCGGCUUAAGUUGCGCCUUGCCAUUCAAGAGAUGGUUUCCUUGACCAGUCCCUCAGCCCCUGCUACUUCGCGUACAUCUACUGGAAAUGUGUGGAUGACACAUGAAGAGAUGGAAUCUCUUACAGCCACAACAAAGCCAGAAACAAAGGAAAUCAGCUGGGAGCAGAUCCUGGCAUAUGGAGAUAUGAACCAUGAGUGGGUGGGAAAUGAUUGGCUGCCCAGCCUGGGCUUGCCUCAGUACCGCAGUUACUUCAUGGAGUCUCUAGUUGAUGCCCGGAUGUUGGACCAUCUCAACAAGAAGGAACUACGGGGCCAACUCAAGAUGGUGGACAGUUUCCAUAGGGUGAGCCUUCAUUAUGGAAUCAUGUGCCUGAAACGUCUUAACUAUGACCGAAAGGAACUGGAAAGAAGACGAGAGGAGAGUCAGAACCAAAACAAAGAUGUGAUGGUGUGGUCCAAUGAGCGUGUGAUGUGCUGGGUACAAAUGAUUGGACUGAAAGAGUUUGCCAACAAUCUAGUUGAAAGCGGGGUGCAUGGAGCCCUCCUGGCCCUGGACGACACCUUUGAUUGCAAUGACUUGGCCCUGCUGCUGCAGAUACCAAUGCAAAACACACAGGCUCGGCAGAUCUUAGAAAAAGAAUUUGGGAACCUCAUCACCAUGGGAACAGACCGACGACUAGAUGAGGACAGUGCCAAGACCUUCAGUCGUUCCCCAUCUUGGCGGAAGAUGUUCCGGGAGAAAGACCUCCGUGGUGUCAGCCCUGACUCAGCUGAGAUGUUGCCAGCCAAUUUCCGCACAGCCUCCGUGGCCUCCAUUACCUCACCCGGGGUGCAACUUCGUAAGAUGCAGCCAGAGGGUAUAAAAGGGAACUCAUUAGGUAGCCAACGGACAGACAGUAUGUCAGUGAGAACAUAUUCCUGUUAAUGCCAAGAUGGAGCAGCUGCUGUCCCAAGUAGUCUGACCUCCCUGCCUUGGGCAGGAAGACCCUCUGCUGCUGCCGCCGCCGCUGCUGCCUCUCCUUCUCCAUCAUGUGCUCACAUGAGGGUAUGAAGAGCUGCUGCUGCUGCUGCUGUUGCUGCUGCUGCUGCUAGCACCAUCGCCGCUGCUGCCACUGUUGCCAAGAAGGAAUAUCGAAGCUUGUGGGAGAUGCUGAAGAGAAUGAGUGACCAACCAACUAACCAACCAACCAUGUUCCUCCACACUACCUUCUUCCUAGUAGCAGCAGUGGCCAAUGAUGAACUCAAGGGACUCAAGCCAAGGAGGGGCUCCUUCCCCAGAGCAGCAGAGGGAAAUGGCCUUCCAUCUCGGCCUCUAUUUAUUGUUGUUGUUUGUUCCGGGCAGGGACCUAAGAAUGUGAAUGAGAAAAUGUGGUUGCCCAUGCAUCCUAUCCCAUAUUAUGCCACCAGAUCUUUCUGGUGGGAGCAGGGGGAGGAGAAGUGAGGGGGGUGCCUCUAUUUCCUGUUGCCAUAUGCCACAUUUUGGACCAAGCAACCCAUCUUGGCCAGUCCCCCUUCCCUGCCCUGCCAUAGGUGCUAAAUGUUCCGCCAGCACUUUUCCUUUCCUUUUCUUUGAGUUGCUGCUAUGAAGGGGUCCCAUUUCACCUCCUGAUGACAAAAAAAAGAGAUAGUUGCUCAAAGGCCAGUUAUUUGUUUCUUUUUCCUGCCCCAUCCCAUCCCUCUUCUCAACAAGGGGAGAGCACUGAAGCCAGGAGGAACAAAGCCAGCGUACCUCCCUCCACUCACGCCCAGCCCAAAGAGCAAGUUGCCCCUAGGCCUGAUUCACAGAGCUUCAGAUUUGGAUGCCUGAGUGUAGAGGUUCUACCUGGAAGUAACUGCUUCUCAGCACUAGUCAACAAAUAAAAGAGUUCCCUCUUUCUCUUCUCUUCCCCUUGCCUUUGUAGCUCCCUGUUCCUCUGGAUCAGAGAACGCCUGAGGAGGAGGAAGAAGGAAAGAGGACUAGAAGUGCUCAUCCAAACUCUCUUGGUGCUGGCAUGAAGCAGUCCCAGUAGACAGGUGGUCUGUAUGGUGGGAUGGAGCAUCACAUUUUUUUCUUUUUUCUUUUUUUUUUCUGAGAGCAGAAAGUGAGGAAUUCAUGUCCGAGAUGCUCUGACUUAAAAGAGUAGACCUCAGCCUGUGACGGUCACUGGAGAUAGGACUCUGGACUUUAUUGAUAUGGCACACAGAUCUCUCUUCCUCCAAGACUAUUGUAAUAUAAGAGUUGUAUUUUCUGUGUAUAUCUGUGCUGUGGAAUCUCGUGUAAAUUGAAUUUCUUUUUCGACCGCCAUUACAGGUUCUCUGUUAAUUUAAUAAUGUGUCCUGCUACCCCCUCUGCCCUGCACGCCAAUAAUUUUUAUUUGAUGUUUAUAUAUUUUCACCUUUUUAAAAUAUUUUUAUUUCAGUUGUUUCAUCCAGGGAGAAUGUGUGGACAUGAGGGGCAAAGCAAAGGGGUAGUUUUGCAUGAAAAAAAAAUGGGUAGGGGAGGAAAAAAAAAUACAAUCUUGGAAAUCAAAUCUGUCAGGGAGAUUGUGAGGGGUAAGCAGGAAGCUGAGGUACUGGAGGAAAUAUCUUCUGGUCCCCUUCAUUCCCGUUUGCUUCCAGGGAAGGCAGAGAGGGAGGGUCACAAGGGGAGUGAGCUAAGAAAUGUCUUUUAAAGAAAAAAGAAAAAAAAAUUGAAAACGUU